AGAGGGAGAGAGAGAGAGAGAGAGGGGAGGGGGGGAGAGAUUCAGGAGGAGACGCUUCAUAUCGGACUUGUCCCGGACAACAAAUGGCCGUGAACCGACAGAGAGGGGGAGUGUGAUCCAUGCUUUAUUUUCCUUCUCUCUGUGCGACUACAUGAGAGCCGUCUCCAUGCUCACAUCGUAGGUUAGAGAGGGCAAGCAGCGCUCUUUAUAUCCUCACCACAUCUUUUUAUUUUAUUUAUCCAUCCGGCGGAGAGAGAUGGGAGAGCCCUGUUGACACCACGGAGCGAUACACGCUGAGACCGAGCAUGGCUGUGGACGCGGCGUCCAGCUUCAGCUUUUGCCGUGCCUCCCUGGAGCACACGGUGUCUGCUGAGGAGCUGAGCUACCAGCUGCCGCGUCGCGCCGGAGGCAGCAACCUGACCUGGCACGACGGCCGCGGCCAGAGGACGACGGCGCACACGCGCACCGUCAAACUGCUGCAGCAGCCCGGCACAGAGGGCAUCCAGCUGCGUCCGGGCGAAGCCUUCACUGUGUAUCACACCAGUCCUACACUGUCCAGUCUGUCCAAACCAGUGGUGCUGUGGACUCAGCAGGACGUCUGCAAGUGGCUUAAGAAACACUGUCCUCACAACUACCUGACCUACGUAGAGGCCUUCUCCCAUCACGCCAUCACAGGUACAGUAAGACGUUGUAGCGUCACUGAGAUCCUACAUGUCUGAUAGUGAUUAUUUUGUUGAAAUGAAAAAGCUAAUUUGCACUUUUGCAACUGUUAAACGUGCAGAAAUGGAGUUGUUGAAGCAGACCUUGUCCAUUGACCUCUGCUCCUUUUAAUAAGCCCAGCAGUGAAGACUAAGACAUUGCAGAACCGAAUGCCAUAAAAGGCUUAGCAAAUGUCACACAAAGUUGUAUUUUUAGGUUCGUGGUUCCACGGCUUAGCUUUUUCAACUGGAAACAGGUUUACACUCAAAUCUCUUCCAAAAGGAGAUUUAAAAGGCUUUCAUUCAUGUGAGGUAACGGAAAAGGAGUGCGGCCUAUUUUUGGAGUAGAAAGGGGGAAGCUGCAGGAAAAUAAUGGUGGGUUAUCGUGUAUCGAGCUCAAACAACACCUCCACCCACACACACACAAGCACAUGUGCACAAAAACCCAACAGACACGCAUGCACAGGUACGUGCAAAUGUGCACACAUUUAUUCACACGCAUUGGCCGACCAGACGGCAGAGCGGUUUCUUUUUUAGCUUCUUACAGAGAACAGAUUGCUGUUCUGCGCCGUGGGGUCAACCAACACUCGCUUACAUUUGCACGCACACACACACACACACACACACACACACACUGUCUUCAGGGUUAACAAUGCUGCCAGCGUCACAGUUACAGCAGCUCUGAUCUGAUCAUUUUUAUUUAUGUAUUCUCAAACUGAGAGAGAGGCAGAGAGGCUUAGAUCCAAUUGUCAUCAUGCAUUCACUUGUCCAGCUGGAUUUCAUUUUCCCGGAGUUAUUAGCUCCUGCGUUUUGUUGUGCAAAUGUCGGGUGAAUAUGUCGCUGAUGCAUACACGGCAUACAAUGAACAGAAGGAUGUUGGAUCUCACCAACAGCCGAGAAAUGAAUUCCGAGUCCCUAUCAUCUUAGUUCAGUGACCCAAAAGUAAUUGCGUCUCUCUCAGCGAAGGCGCAAUUACAGUGCAACAAGCUGCCUGAGGAGAUGAGUGUAGCUUCUUCAGCGUCGCUUGAUUUCUCAUGUGUGUUUUCCCUGUGUGUGUGUGUGUGUGUGUGUGUGUGUGCGUGUGUGUGUGUGUGUGCGUGUGUGAAGAUUCGUGCUUCCAUCUUCUGUCGGACUUUUAUUAAUUUCAUCGCGGCCGUUUUUUAUUAUCCCGCCUGUUUUAUUGUUGGUGGGAGUAGACAAGAUUUAGAUACGGUGAGAAAUAGAUUGUCGGACUUUGUGUGCAGUGUGAUUAUGAUUCUGUUCCCCCACACUGUGAUGUAUGUGGAGCUGGUGAUGAAUUGAGUUCCCUAUAUCACACACUGUGAUUGCUUCUAGGUUGACGGGCACGCCUGAUCUGGCUUUUUGUGUGCAGCAGAAUCCCUUCCUCAUUUUUGAGGCAUUUGCACUUUAUUUGAAUAAUUGAGUUUGAGCAACUUUACUUUAUUCUUCUUGUCAGAGAGAAAAGUACUUCACUAUUUACUUGACAGCUGUAGUUAAUAGUUAUUUGCCGAUUAAGGUUUUUCAUGCUGAAUAUAAGCUGUGAUUGCUUGUAAAUACUCUACAGAAUCAUAUAUCAUCUGUGUGGUGAAGCCGUUUGUUUCUGAAAGGGGCUUUUCAGCGUAAUAACUACUUUUAAGACGCUGUCUUCCUUAUCACAAAGCAUUUUUUGGGGUAUUCGUUCCAGCAGUAAUGCGUCAGAUGACACUCAAUAGAGUGCUAGAAGGGUGAUGUAUUUCUGUAGGCCAACCGUAGAAGUUAGCAUCAAAAAAACAAUCAAAAAAACAAUGAAAAGCCAAUGAGAUUUAUCUAUUAGAUUUUAGAUACUUGCAGAAAAUUGCCUCUGUUGCAAAACAAGUCGACCACGUUUUGUUCAUCAAGACAAUGAACAAAAAAAUGAACACAAGUUUUAUGAUAUUGUUGAACAUUACGACUAUAAAGGAGCUCCACCACGGUCACAUGACUUCACGUCUCCUCCACCAAGCUAAAGGAGGACGAGUGUUCUAGUGAGGACGUUUAGCCUCCUUUACACUCUUUUUUAAAGACACGUAAAGAAGAUUCUAAACUCACCAAAGGGGUUUUUACUGACCUGUUAUAUAUCGUAGAACUAAACGUUAAACACAGACUUUAUUUCAGGCAAAAAACACAUUCAAAUAUCACAUUGACUUUGAUACGAGGGAGCAGGAAGUGCAAAAAAUGCUGACUCAUUUCUGGGUUUCAGGACUCAUUCCUGCAGCGCUCUAUAUUGGCAGAUUGUAAAAGUUUAAUAACCCGGCAGUGAACACGGUGGUGUCGGUGGGAUUUAGUGACCAAGACUCUGUUUUCACCCGGUUUCAAUACUGUGACCUGUAACUCGAUCCGUUCUCAGAAUAAUGACACCCGAUGACACGUCGUCCAUCCGAACCAGGUGCUUUUAUAUUUUAUGAUUUUAUUUUGUUGUCGUCAACAUGUCGGUCGGCGAGGCUCGGAUCCUUCCUCAGGAUUUAGAUUUAGUGUUUACAGACGUCAAAAAAAAAGAUAAGCUAGACCACCUCCAGAUGUGAGGCCUUGCAGACCGGAUUAUAUUCCAGCUGCUGCAUGAAUUCACACCUUGCAGUGAUAUUCUUUCCUUAUCGCGGUCGUAUAUGUGGAUGCAGGUCAGAAUGUUCGUGUGAAUUGCAGUUGAAGCAGACAGGAUGGAGACUGUAGAAGGAGCCGACAGAACAAAAGAAUAGCGGAUAUUAAUAAAUGUGACUCCUGGCUGCACUUACCUUGGUGCUGCUGUGUGUACACAAGGUGAGAGACAUGUAAUACAGCACAGGCCUUCAGGGGGCCGCGUGGACUAAAUUGCUCUGCCAUCUAAAGGUUGUCCUUUCAUAAGGAAGUCUUUACCUUCCUCUCCCCUUCGGAUUGCUUUUCAGACGCUUUUCUAAGUGUCAUUAUUGCCCUAUAGCCUAUAGAACUGCCUCCCACUUGCCCACAGACGUUGUUAAUAAGCAAUUUAUUUCGAAGCCAAAUUGAGAGAAACAAUCUCCAUUGAAACGGCUUUUGUUUUCGUUGUGUCUUUUCUCUCUUUGACAGCCCUACUUUCCCUAUCUGCGGGCAAUUAUUAGGAGCUGUAUUAAGCCUGUCUGAGGGGAAUUGAUUUGAGCUCCAUUCAUCUGCUGUGUCUCGUUUGUGU